AUGCGUCUUUCUCUGGCUAUCUACGCUGCUUUUGCCUCGGUGGCAAUGUCCUAUCCUCUGGCCAAGCGACAAUCUGGUCUUCCUGCUUGUGCAUUUUGGGGAGGAGACAUUACUGUUCCUGAUCGCCCAGUCACUUCGUUUAUCGCUCCUUACCAACAGUCCCCAGUCUUAAGCAUUGCAAAGAAUACUCUUGGAGCUGCUCGCCUUCCAGUCCCACCUAAUAUUGCUGGAACCUACUCUGGUGGAUCCGUCAACAUCACACUAGGCCGUGAAACUGGCGCAGCCGCUUAUCGUAUCUGGAGAGAUGCCAAUGCUGUUGCUUGGGUGAGCGACUGGGGCCAGCCUUCUCUUUCAGCUGUCGAUAGUGCCCCUUGUGAUGGAGGGUUUUACACCAUUGUUGCCAUGCAAGAUAGCAACAGUAAUGAUACUUCGAUGGGCGUCAUGUCUUUACCCUAUCAAAUUCAGAGCAACGGUCAGCUAGGAACUUAUAGCGCUCCUGUCGGAAAGACUUUCCAAGUUAGAGUCACAUCUUACAACAACCUUGGUCCCACCGCAACCGGAUACAACGCUCAACUCGGUGGAUGCGCUGUGGAUCCCCGUGUUAUCCCUUGGGGAACCUAUUUCUACGUUCCAGAUUACGGAUACUGUCUUGCUACUGAUAUUGGAACAUGGAUUCAGGAUAAUGCUGUUGAUAUCUGGCUUCCUGAUGAACAAGCUGGAAACUGGGGUGUACAGUAUCGCAACAUCACGAUCGUGGGUGAUCUUGCCAAUCCUCCCUCAGGAUCUACACCUACUUCUACUACCACCACCAGCACAUCAAAGUCUUCCAGCAGCAGUACCCAAACUACUACAACCACCACCACUUCUUCCAAGACCACCACCACCAGUUCUUCCAAGACAACAACCAAGGCGUCUACCACAUCAGCCACAAAGACAACCACAAAGGCAUCUUCUACCACCACCACAACAUCGCAGUCGCCAACCUCUACAUCUACCGCCUGCACUUCGGCUAACAACGGUCAAAGCUUGUGUACAGCUAGCGGAUCCAGCGGUUACAAGGAGUGCGUCAACAACACUUGGGUCAGCUUCCAAUGCGGCACUGGAACGAUACUUAGUUAG